AUGAGUUCAAAUCAUAACGCCGAUCAUAUAAAACGUAACUCACUACAUCCAUUUGAAACACCUAAAUCACCGUCAAGAUCAACUAGAAUACAUGAUCCACCAAAAUUAAACGAAACACAACUACCUAUUACAUCAUCUUCACCUCCAAGAAAACGAGCUAAUAAUACAAUAUUUAGUGAUCGAUAUAUUCCAAAUAGAACAGGAGUUGAUUUACAAGCAGCUUUCAGUUUAACAAAUGAAGAAAUACUACCGGAUCUAAGGAGUAAUAGGAAUGCAGAUAAUGAGAUUGAAAUACGAAGAGAAGAAGAAGCAAAUCGAACCUUUUCCACAGUUUUAAAAGCAGAAUUAUUUGGAGAUAAUGUACCAAUGGCAACUGCAAAUUUAUCUACAUCAACGAAUAAUAAUUUGAGUAAUAGAAUCAAAACAACAAAUCUGCGACCGAGUAGUAGUUCAAGUGCAUUAACUGGAACUCCACCAAGAACAUCUAACUCAAUUCCAAAUUCGUUAUAUUCAACAACUUCAUCAACUCAACAAGCUGGGUCAAAUAAUUCUAUAUCAACAUAUGAUUCAGAUGAUGUCACUUCAACACCAAGACGUAAAACCAAUUUAUUUACAUAUCAAUCACCUAAAAAAUCACGACCUAUAUCUAGAGAUUUACAACAAGAAUUAUAUUCAUUAUCACCAGUAAGGCAAGAAUCACAAAAACUACUAUUGUCACCACAAAAGAAACCUAGAAAUAUAGCAAAAGUUCCAUAUCGUGUACUUGAUGCACCUGAAUUAUCAGAUGAUUUUUAUUUAAAUUUAGUAGAUUGGGGUCAACAAGAUGUUUUAGCAGUUGGAUUAGGAGAUAGUGUAUAUUUAUGGGAUGGAUCAACUCAAUCUGUUGACAGAUUAUGUAAUUUAACAAACAAAGAUAAAGUAACAAGUCUCAAUUGGAUAGGCACUGGUACUCAUUUAGCUAUUGGGACAUCAAAAGGUUUAGUUGAAAUAUGGGAUGCGACAAAAAUUAAAUGUAUAAGAACAAUGACUGGUCAUUCAUUAAGAGUAAGUUCAUUAGCAUGGAAUGAACAUAUUUUAUCAAGUGGAUCAAGAGAUCGAACUAUUUUAAACCGUGAUGUUAGAAUUGAAGAUCAUUAUAUAAAUAAGUUGGAAAGUCAUAAACAAGAAAUAUGUGGUUUAAAGUGGAACAUUGAAGAGAAUAAAUUAGCAAGUGGUGGGAACGAUAACAACUUAUUUGUUUGGGACGGAUUAAAUACUAAACCAUUAUAUCAAUUCACAGAUCAUACAGCAGCAGUUAAAGCAAUAGCUUGGUCACCUCAUCAAAGAGGUAUAUUAGCAUCGGGAGGUGGUACUGCUGACAAAACCAUAAAAACUUGGAAUACAUUAACUGGAAAUAUGAUUCAUGACGUCAACACUGGAUCUCAAGUUUGUAAUUUAAUUUGGUCAAAAAAUUCAAAUGAAAUAGUAUCAACUCAUGGUUAUUCAAGAAAUCAAAUAAUAGUAUGGAGAUAUCCUUCAAUGCAACAAAUUGCUCAAUUAACUGGCCAUACAUAUAGAGUUUUAUAUUUAUCAUUAUCACCAGAUGGUGAAACCAUAGUUACUGGUGCUGGUGAUGAAACAUUAAGAUUUUGGAAUGUUUUUGAAAAAAAUAAAAAUAAUGAAUCGCCAUCUUCAGUAUUGCUAGGAGCAUUUCUGCAAUUACGUUAG